UUCUAUUUUCGUUCACAGUCUUGCCAAUGUUUUUGUUUAUUUAUUUUUGUGCAUGGUGCUUGAAAGAGAGACCCUGGGAAAGAGUUGGCACCAUAUUAGGUGAGGGAUGGGCAAAGUGCUCUUUCAAAUGAUCGAAUAACGAGCCACGUACGCACUUGGAGACGAGAGAGCACCAUAUCGAUAAAUGUCCUAUAUAAUUUUGUUGUACAAAUUGUACUAUUCUCGCUAAAAGUGAAACAGUUGGUUUUGAGUGCAAUGCUACUGAUUUUUCGUAUUGAAAAAGGGCAAAUUUGAGCGUGAAUAAGAAGUUUUUGUAAGGGACGUUUUUGACAUGUCACGGGAGAUAUCAACCGAAAGUGUCCCCGAGCCAAUGGUAAUCAUCAAGGAUAAAGGGGGAGUUACACCUAUCCCAACACAGAGGGACCUCCCUCCUGUUCCAACCCUCGAGAGUACUGCAUCAAUUGCUGUUGCCUUACAGUCUGCUGAUAAGGAAGCCCUUAACAUAGCAUAUAUUGCAGUCAAAGGAAUGACUUGUAACUCCUGUGUCAAAACCAUAGAAACAAGUAUGUCAUCGACAAGUGGUGUGAAAGAUAUUAAGGUUUCCCUUGAGGAAAAAGAGGCGGAAGUAACAUUUGAUCCAAAAAUAACAAAUGGGACAUCUUUGGCUAAUGCUAUUGAUGACAUGGGUUUUGAGGCCUGCCUUAAGAGAGUUGUGGACAUUUUAACAAAGCAGGAAGUUGCUCAAUCUAAAGGGACUUCUAUCAAGAAUGCUGAUGAAAGGGAAGAGGAAAUAGAAUUUACAGUUCAUGGCAUGACAUGCCAGUCAUGUGUAAAGUCAAUAGAGAAAGCACUCUCAAAGAGUACAGGAGUUCUUAAUGUAAAAGUCUCUCUUCCUAAGGAAUCAGCAGUUAUCAAGUAUAGGAAACUCCUAACAAGCCCUGAGAAAUUAGCAGAGCUGAUUGAAGAUGCUGGUUUUGAAGUUGUUCUUCCUAGAAAGGGCUCAACAGAUGUUGAGACUGUGAUGAUAACAGUGCAGGGGAUGACGUGCAACUCAUGUGUAAACACAAUAGAGAAGAACAUAUCAAAGAUGGAUGGAGUGCAAUCUGUUAAAGUCUCCCUAGAUGACAAAUGUGCAAGACUUGAAUUUGCCCCCGAAAAGGUUACUCCUGAACAGAUGCGUGAGGCUAUAGAGGACAUGGGUUUUGAUGCCUUGUUGCUAGGCAACAUUGUCAAUAUGACAGACAAGGACAUUCAUACAGCUGUUAUAGGAAUUGAGGGAAUGACUUGUAUGUCAUGUGUGAAGACGAUAGAGAAGGAAAUGGCAAGUACAGCUGGUGUGGAGAUGGUAAAUGUGUCCUUAGACCUAAAGCAAGCUGAGUUCAAAUUUAACCCAUCCAUAACUACGCCACAAUUCCUGUGCAGUGCUAUUGAAGAGAUGGGAUUUGAGGCUUCUUUGCCAUCUAAAGAUCCCGAUACUGAGUCAAAGGAUGAGUUUGUGGCAGUAGCCGGGCAAAUGACGGGGGACUGGGGAGUGAGGUUCAGCAGCCGUAAAAAGCAUGUUGAACAGGAUCCAUUGGAAGAUGUGGAGAAGAUAUAUCUUCACAUUGAGGGGAUGACAUGCGCGUCAUGUGUGGCUAGCAUUGAACGAGCCCUCUCCAAGAAGGAAGGCGUCAAGUCUGUGUUGGUGGGUCUGCUUGCUCAAAAGGCCGAAGUGAAGUACAACAAAAAUCGCAUCACAACAGACGAGAUCGUCUACCACGUGACAGCCAUGGGAUUCGGCUGCGAACUGAUGGACAAGACGGGCCAAGGGGAGAAUGUUGUCGAUAUCAGGAUAAGCGGAAUGACGUGUUCGUCGUGCGUUCACCUCAUCGAGUCAUCCCUGAUCAAGCGGCCGGGAAUCCUUCAAACCUCCGUUGCUCUUGCAACCAGUAGCGGCCGGUUCAAGUACGACACCGAGAUCACGGGUCCAAGGGACAUCAUCGAGGCCAUUAAGGGGUUAGGCUUUGGUGCGGCAUUAGCUGAUAGCAGCUCUAGCAAGGACAAGGUUGACCACACCCUCUCCAUCAAGAAGUGGCGUCGUUCGUUUCUCGUCUCCCUGAUCUUUGGUCUCCCUGUGUUCGCUAUCUUCAUCUCCUACGUGUUCCUGGAAGAAGCUGGUAAAAGACCUCACGUCAUGGUCAUACCUGGACUUUCCCUGGAAAAUCUUCUCAUGUUCCUGCUUUGCACACCAGUCCAGAUUCUCGGUGGAAGGCAUUUCUACGUGACGGCGUACAAAGCCCUGAAGCACAGAAGCACAAACAUGGACGUACUAAUCAUGUUAGCUACUACUAUAGCCUACGUUUACUCGAUCGUCGUGUGUGUGGUCGCAAUGUCAGAGCAAAGCUCUCACAGCCCCAUGACAUUUUUUGACACGCCUCCCAUGUUACUCGUGUUCAUAUCGCUGGGUCGAUGGAUGGAGCACGUGGCGAAAGGCAAGACCUCAGAGGCGCUCGCCAAGUUACUGUCUCUACAACCCGCUACCGCCAUGCUUGUCAAGCUUAAGCCGGGUUCACACCAGAUCACGGAGGAAACAGUCAUAAGUGUGGAUCUUGUUCAGAGGGCCGAUGUACUUAAGGUGGUCCCCGGUGCAAAGAUCCCAGUAGACGGGCGAGUGAUUGAAGGAACCUCCAUGGCCGAUGAGUCCCUGAUCACAGGGGAAUCCAUGCCUGUCCCCAAGAAGGUUGGCGACUCUGUGAUCGGCGGGACAAUGAACCAAAACGGCGCCAUCCUUAUCGAAGCGACCCAUGUGGGACAAGACACUACGCUUGCGCAGAUCGUCAAGCUCGUAGAAGAAGCUCAGACAUCCAAGGCACCAAUUCAGAAAUUCGCCGACACGCUGUCAGGAUACUUCGUGCCCAUCGUCAUCCUUAUCUCCAUAGCAACGUUCAUGAUCUGGGUCAUCAUUGGUUACUCAGACAUCACAAUUAUUCGCAUGGUCUAUAACCCGAAGGAGGAUAAUCGAGAUGAGUUCAUCAUCGGCUUCGCGUUCCAGAUCGGUAUCACCGUACUAGCUAUCGCCUGCCCCUGCGCUCUAGGGCUGGCCACCCCUACUGCCGUCAUGGUGGGAACAGGGAUUGGCGCGCAGAACGGCAUCCUGAUCAAGGGCGGGGAACCCCUCGAGACUGCCCAUAAGGUAACGGCAGUGGUGUUUGAUAAGACGGGCACCCUGACGCACGGUAAACCCGAGGUGGUGAAGACAGCUCUGUUCGUCUCCCCUGAUAUCUGUGACCUUCAGCUUCUUCUUGCGGUCGCCGGGACAGCUGAGAACAGCAGUGAGCACCCAUUGGGCGUGGCCAUUACCACGUAUGCUAAAAAGGAGCUCAGUACGGAGAAUCUUGGCAUAUGCAGCGGCUUCAAGGCGCAACCUGGGUACGGUCUGACGUGUACUGUGUCAGGGAUAGAGGACCUUCUACUAGAACCGAACCAGCGACAAAGCAAGACCAGCAAGGACAGCACACAGGGCAAACAGUAUAAAGUGCUGAUCGGUAACCGAGACUGGAUGCAGCAGAACGGACUUGUGGUCACAGACGAGAUGGAGGAAGACAUGGUGGCGCACGAGACCAUCGGACACACGGCUAUACUCAUAGGCAUAGGAGAUUCGCUGGUGGGCAUGAUGGCUGUGGCAGACACGGUUAAGAAUGAAGCACAGGUUGCCGUGUCAACACUCAGGCGCAUGGGCUUACGCGUAGUACUGCUGACCGGGGAUAACAAAAAGACAGCAAUGGCGAUUGCUAGACAGGUCGGCAUCCAGCAGGUCUUUGCCGAGGUGCUGCCGUCCCACAAGGUGGAAAAGAUUCGCGCGCUUCAGGCCAAGGGCUUUGUCACAGCAAUGGUUGGCGACGGCAUCAACGACUCGCCAGCCCUUGCCCAGGCGCAUGUUGGGAUAGCUAUCGGCACCGGAACUGACGUAGCCGUUGAGGCAGCGGACAUCGUGCUGAUCAAGAGUGAUCUCAUGGACGUGGCGGCUGCUAUCGACUUGUCCCGCGUGACGGUCCGCCGAAUCCACCUCAACUUCGCCUUCGCUCUGCUGUACAAUAUGAUCGGGAUCCCGUUUGCGGCAGGGGUGUUUGAACCCCUGGGCGUGGUCAUGAAGCCCUGGAUGGCGAGCGCCGCUAUGGCUCUCUCCUCGGUGUCGGUUGUCACUUCGUCACUCAUGCUCAAAAUGUAUAAGAAGCCAGAGCCGGACGAGUCCCAGAUGGGUGUACGCCUGCCCUUCUCUUCAGGGUACAAGCCAAUCAGCACUAGUGACUCAGGAGGUAACAUCAGGUCAAGCGGGGUGUUUGGACGCUAUAAGAAGCGCGAGAAUAGCGUUAGCGACGAUAACUUCAUUGCCGAAGACCUUUAACCAGCGAGAGGCAUAACGACUCUGGGCGACGGGUUUUAUUUUGAAUAUCCUGUGGAUAGUGUCGGGAAAUUGUCGGGUCGCGGGAUCGACUCGGGUCUCUGUUUCGAAAGCCGCUCAAGGGAAUGUUUUGAAGCCCCAGGGUUUUCUAUCGUGUAGACAGAAUCGAAGAUUGAUAGGUGUCUACAUUUUUCCGAGCAAACAAGUCGUUAUGGCCGUGUGAUGUAUAGUGUAGUAUGGUCAGACAACUUUCAAUGCAGUACAGAAAGUGUUUUUCGUAAACCCGUGGAAUACAAUUUAAUGUUUUUGUUCUUGUUUGUCCUGUGUCGCCUUCCACUCUUUGUUUCACGGAUUUAUGAAAACGUCUCUCUACACACAAUCGCCAAACAACCACUAUCAUAUGAAUAUUAACGAUAGAUAUAAUUUGCAAGUGUAUAGGGGUACUAAAUAUAAUUCAAGGGGUCAUGAAAUAUUGUACCCGAACAAACACUAUUUUUCUAUUUUUAUACGCUUUUAUUGAUCGUUUUCUUUUGACAAAGGAUGUGUAGCGCCCGAAAAUGUAAUUAAGUUUUAGUAAGGUUUUACUUGCAAAUUUAAUAUGAUUUUACCUGCAAAUGGUUUAAGGUUAUGAAUGAAAUAAAAAAAGUUAUUUUUUUCCAGGCACUGUUAGUUUUAAGCCUAUCAUGGACAAUAAAUCAUUGAUAAAUCCAGCAUCGUCUAUUCUCAUAUCGUAUGAUUUCUGUAUCCUGAUAUCUGCCAUGAUUUAUAACAGAUUCGAGGGGUUUAACUCACCAUUUUUUUUUUAAAUAUUUAUAAAAAGUUCACGAGAAAGAAAAAAAUUGCUCUAAGGUCUUUAGCGAUCAUAGUUAUUAGGAAUAAGAUAGCAUAUUACAAUUUGGUAAUAUUUGUCAUAUACAAAUAGUUACAAUUGCAGAGUAAAGAAACAAGCGGUCGUUGGCGAUCAAUGAUCAAAAGCCAUAAUAUAUAGAUUUAGGCAUUACCUAAAUGAGGAGCUCCAAACGACCAAAUCUUGCAGUUUCGCUUAAUUUAUAGUUUAUGAAAUAUUAAAUAUUAUUUUAUUUCUGUUUUUGACGACGUAAGCAUGCAUAAUUAAUAAAGCAAAAAAUAAAAUAACAAGUUCUCGCGGAUAAAAUAUAUAUUAUAUAAAAUAUAUCGCAAAUUUCACCACAUUUGCAAUAUGCUAUCUUAUUUCUAAUUGCGGUAGUUGACCUUAGGACUAUCUUUUCUUUUUUGUGAACUUUUAAAAAUAUUUUAGAAUUAAGUUUAUAAAUAUUUUAGAAAAAUAGUUGCGUUCUUUAACCCCUCGAAUCUGUUAUGUAUUGACCACUUUCACAUCCUGGAGUUAUCUAUUAUUGUCCAAAAAAUGCUUAAGCCUAACGGCGCCUGACUGAAAAAACUUUCCUAUUUCAUUCAUAACUUAAUUACAUUUGCGGGUUUCUUACAUGUGCGGGUAAAAUGUUAUUACAUUUUGCGGGCUUAUUACCUUUGCGGGUAAAACCAUAUUACAUUUGCGGGUUUCUUACAUUCGCGGGUAAUUAUUACAUUUGAGGGCGCUACAGAUGUAAGAACAUUCUGCCAGAGAAAUUUGCAUUCAAGCUGCGUGAUCUCUGCUGUUGAGAUGUUGGGACUUUUUGUUUAAAGAUGUCUGGAAUUGUCGCAGUUGGGUAGCGUAGAGUUUAGCCAGGGUUUAGCCAGUGUGGCAAGCGCGGUCAACACCCCCAUUAACUUUGAACGCUAUCUUAGUGUUAAGGGUCGCCGUCUUGACAAGUAAAACUUGUCAAAUAAAAGCAAACACGCCAGCUUUUGAAAAAGUAAACUUGUCAAGCAAAAACCAAUUUCCCCGUCUACACGAGCAAACUUUACCUGUCAAGUAAAUCUUGUCAAGUAAAAAUUUCCCGUGUAGACGGCCCUGGGAAUGCAAGUUCAUGGGUCUUUACUUGAAAUUCUGAGUGCUUUCUAUGAGAGCACUUGCAAAGAUCGCUGGGGGUCCGGCGCAAGUAGCUGAAAAAAAAGAAGGGCUGGGGAGAAGGGAAAAUGUGUUCCCAUUCACCACUAAUUUUUUUUUUUUACUAUUUGCGCUUGCUACUCGGGCUAGUAGGGGGUUAGUCUUUUGUAAAAUACAUGCAAUACAUUUCAGUGUUUUUAAAAAUUGCUUUAAGUGCGGUGUUUCGUGUGGAAUAUUGGUAUAUAGAGGUAUAAUUCAAUAAAUUCUAAAAAUAUAUAUAUAUAGUAGAUCCUUACCACCGCAGGAUUUGUAUAUUGAGAUUAAAUAGUCCAAUGUUAUUUUUGUACGCGGUGUCAUUCUGUGCUAUAUUAAAGCAUUCAGUGUUACUGUA